AUGUCUUCAGACAUGGAAUAUGGAAUAACUGACUAUUAUCACCACAAAAGGCUUAACCUGGUGACUGGGAAGGGACAGGGGGAUGGGGCAGGCGGGGCAGGCGGAGUGGCGGCCGCAGGCGGCGCGGCACCCGGAGACGUCAAGAGCGAAGCUCCUUGUGCUACUCCACUGAUCUGUAGCUUUGGAAGGCCGGUGGACCUGGAGAAGGAUGACUACCAGAAGGUUAUAUGCAACAACGAGCAUUGUCCGUACAGCACUUGGAUGCACCUUCAGUGCUUCUACGAGUGGGAAAGCAGCAUCCUCGUCCAGUUCAAUUGCAUUGGCAGAGCCAGGAGCUGGAACGAAAAGCAGUGUCGUCAAAACAUGUGGACCAAGAAGGGAUAUGACCUGGCUUUUCGCUUUUGCUCCUGUCGAUGUGGGCAGGGUCAUUUGAAGAAGGACACUGACUGGUACCAGGUGAAGCGAAUGCAGGAUGAUAAGAAGAAGAAAUCAGUGUUGGAGAAGAGUACGGGAAGGUCCAUGGCAGAGUCAACAGAGGAGGCCAAAAAGGGCAGGCCGGCCAACAAGCCCCAGAAAAGCUUGAGUAAUGACCUCCAGCGAAGGCACUCGAUGGACAGGCAGAACUCCCAAGAGAAGGGUGUGAUGGGUGGCAGCUACGCCGUUCGUUCACCUUGUGUCUCUCCUGGCCAAUCCCCGCCCACCGGCUACUCUAUUCUUGCCCCCACACACUUCAGUGGGCCUCGUUCCUCGCGAUACUUGGGAGAGUUUUUGAAGAACGCCAUUCACCUGGAGCCCCAUAAGAAGAACAUGGCUGGUGGGGGCAUGUUCAGGAAUGCACAUUUUGAUUAUGGGGCAGCUGGCUUGCAAGCAUAUAGGUCAGGACACUUUGAUGCUCCUGUGCAGUUUUUGAGAAGGCUCGAUCUAUCUGAGCUGCUCACUCACAUCCCCAGGCAUAAAUUGAAUACUUUCCAUGUGCGGAUGGAAGACGAUGCCCAGGUGGGCCAAGGGGAAGACCUUCGGAAGUUCAUCCUUGCUGCUCUCAGUGCCAGCCACAGGAACGUUGUAAACUGUGCUCUAUGCCACAGGGCGCUGCCAGUGUUUGAACAGUUUCCGCUGGUGGAUGGGACCCUAUUCCUUAGCCCAUCAAGACAUGAUGAGAUUGAAUAUGAUGUUCCCUGUCACCUUCAAGGAAGGCUUAUGCACCUCUAUGCUGUUUGUGUAGACUGCUUAGAAGGGGUUCACAAAAUUAUCUGCAUCAAGUGCAAGUCCCGAUGGGAUGGAAGCUGGCAUCAGCUGGGAACUAUGUAUACCUACGAUAUUCUGGCAGCAUCUCCCUGUUGUCAGGCUCGACUGAACUGUAAGCACUGUGGGAAGCCAGUAAUAGAUGUACGGAUUGGCAUGCAGUAUUUCUCUGAAUACAGCAAUGUCCAGCAGUGUCCUCACUGUGGAAAUCUAGACUACCACUUCGUGAAGCCAUUUUCUUCAUUUAAAGUUUUGGAGGCUUAUUGACGAAAGCUUUGCUUUAGUAAUAGCUAUUUUAUGGGUAUUUCAACUUUAUUACAUAUCUUUUUAUAGGAUUCAUUCUGUGAUGAAAUUUAAUUUCUUUUCUAACUGAAAGAGCAGCUUCUUUGUCAGUGUACAUAUUAAUAUGUGUAUAUAUAUAUAUGUCGUUAAAACCAGAAUCCUCCUGACAAGAUCUCUGUGAAGGCUGGAGGCAAGCCAAUUUAAUGGCCUUUGAAUAUACCCCAAGUAUGGGGUAAAGAUGAGCUAAAAAUUAUUAGGGUUUAUUUUUUUGUAUAAUUGUAAUACAGUUUAUAGCAAGGGUAUGGGGAGACAUACAGGACAGAGAAAUAUGUCCAGUUGAAAAAUGGGUAGUUGUGUAGGGUUGUUCUUCCAGCUUGGUGAAAAUGGGAAAUCCUUGGAAAGAAAUGGUUCUGUUAGUGCUGAAUUCAUUCAGCCUUUUAAUCGGUCCCCACAGGCGCAGGAGCUGGCCCUAUGCUGCCAGUCCCGCCAGUCCCCUCAGCAGGCUUUCUUUCAGAUUUCCCAAAACAGGGGUAAACUAGGGUAUCAUGACAAGUGAAUGUAAAUGUAUGCCAGCAGAUGCAAUCUUGAAUGAGGUUUUUUGUUUUGGCAUAGCAUCUUCCUGCUAUGUGUGCUUGAUGUGCAUUGCCCUCAUGGCAAUAGUGCUGCUUCCAACGGGACUGUCAUGUGCCCAGCUGGGUCAUCUGCUCAUACCAAAACAAGCUGGAGAUUUUAAAAUGCUUUAUUUAGAGGUGUUUCUUCACAGACAUUUUAGAGAAGGAACUGGUUGAGCUGAGUGGGUAUGUGUUUAUACGUGCCUGCUGGGGCUGAGGCUUUGCUGCCUGCUGCAGACUGGUGUGACUGAUGUGGAAGGAGAACCAUGAAGUGGUAUCUGGGCCCUCAGAUCUGUAAGAGCUGAGAGGUACUGAGUACAAAACAUGGCAUCAGUUUUUAAAACAAUUAAUUGCUGCAUCUUCAUAUUUCAAAAUUGUGUUCAGUUUAGGAUCUAAAAACAUGGAGACAUUUUAAGAAACCAAACUUAGCAUAUUUACUUUCUACAUGCCUCUGUACUGUACAUAACAGACUGCAUUAGGCAGUGAAUUCGUAUCAGAGAGUUUGGCCCUGUAGACUCUGCAGUUGUCGUUUCUUGAUUCCCAUUUCUCCUUUGCUUAAAUAAAUUUUUUUAAAAUAG